CUGGGAAUUCAGUACGACGCUACAUCAUUUCAAGUACACACUAUCCACAUUGGCCUAUUGGCAGCAAAACCAUCUGCGGCACAUGCCGUAAUCUAAUUCUUUAAAACCCGAAGAGAGUCCCAAAUCUAGUCUUCCUUUAUUAAUAAUCUCACUUGUAACAAUAUGGAGCACGUCCAAGCAUGGCUGAGCCUGGACACGGCCAAAGCAACCUUGAUCGCUGUUAUUCUUGUCGUGCUCCCUAUAGUGCUUAUUGCUACCGCAUGGAGGGAAAAUAAUCGUCUCUUGUCGUUCCCCGGGCCGCCACUCGCUGCAUGGACUCGCUUAUACUCAGUUGGCAUGGUUCUAACUGGCAGGGAACACGAGAUAUUAUUAGAUGCGCACAAAAAAUACGGGCCCAUCGUGCGCUGGCAGCCCAACUUGCUGCUCAUCAACGACCCGACCAUGCUACCUAAGAUUUACCACCUGCGUGCGAACAAGACGCCGCACUAUAAUCACUCACCCAGUGAUGUAAAGGGUAUGGUUGAGGAAAACGACUGGCAAAAGCAUCGGGAAAAGCGUCACCGGAUAGAUCCCGCAUUUUCUCCCAAGUCCAUUUAUGACAACGAAGCUUUAGCAGAUGGGUUCAUCGCUCAAUGGAUCAAUGCCCUAGGGACCCGAUUCGCGGCAACAGACCAUAUCUUCGAUUUCUCAGACUGGGGAAACUACUUGGUGUUGGACAUAGUCACCAAGUUCUUUUUCGGCCAAGAGAUAGGCUUCCUCGAACACGGAGACAAGAGCGGCAUGUUAGCCGAUACCCGUGCCAAUGGUCCAUCCAUCCAUGCACUUGCAAGGCUUCCACGGCUCAAGAUGUUCUUACUUCGGUCCUUGGGGAGAUUUCUGAUUCCGACAGCUGGGGAUGGUUCUGGCCUAGGAAAUGUUCUCAAGCUCAGAGACGAUCUUUAUGAGGAACGGUUGGCUAAGGGAAACAGUGUAUCGCAUAUUGGGUUAGACAUGAUUCUCUCCAGCAAUAUAAAUCUUAGCGCUCACGAUCACGAGGAGCUAAAAGAAGAUGUCUUGUUUGUCAUUCUCGGCGCCAGCGACACCACUGGUCACGGCAUCCGCUGUCUGGUCCGCAACCUGCUUCAAAAUCCUGACUGCCUCACUCACCUCCGACAAGAGAUCGACGCUACUGUUUUGAAGAACGGCGGCAUCGACAACUUAACUUUUACGCAUAUCAACACUCAGAUGCCGUACUUGUCCGCUUGCAUCCGCGAGUCGCUGCGCUUCGACCCUCCCAUUGUCAGCUUCCUGCCGCGGUGGGUUGACAACCCGGGCGGCGUCGAGCUGUGCGGCCGGCUCGUACCGGCUGGCGUCGAGGUGGCAGGCUCACCGUACGUGGCUAGCCGCAAUCGUGAGCUCUUUGGUGAAGAUGUGCACUUGUUCCGCCCUGAGCGCUACAGCGAUGCUUCGCCUGAAUGGGUGGCCAAGGCGGCGCGAUACGACUUUACAUUUGGGUACGGGCCGCGGCAUUGCAUUGGCAAGACUCUGAGCCACCUCAUCACGGUCAAGGCGAUUGUGCAGCUUUUUCAUCACUUCGAUGUAACCUUAAUCGAGCCUGGUUCCGGGAAGGCGUUUCUGAAUUGGAACUAUUCAGGCUUGAACGUAAAACUGGCAGCUAGGGUGCCUUGAUUUAUCCCAGUAAGUAAUGAUUUUGAAGGCAGUAAUUAGGGAUCAAGCGCAAUCGUUCAAAUGUCUUUUUUAUGUAUGCAGCGAAUUCAAAGCCUACCACAAAAAGAAACAAUAUGAGGGCCAAAUGUCUGGUGGCAUAGAGCAGGUGACCUUGGAUGUGUGGCCAUUUUAAAAGAAAAGGUGGUCAGACAAUUGACUGGGAUAUUUCUUGGUCAUACGUGUGAGAUAUGCUCUUGAAAUGGAAGAUCAGUAGAAACUCGGGGAUUGUUGGUGCCGCCCAACAAGGAUCGAUUUGGGAGCAAACCUUCCUCUAUCUGCAUAUGUUUACAGGACAUCCUAGAAUUGACUUCAUUCUAGCUCAUUCUAGCUUGUACAAAGGAUCACAGAUCUUGGGACGUAGUUAGUAUCAGCAUUGCUUUGAGGGCAG